AUGGAGUACAAAAAGCAUUUUAUUGACAACAAUCCUGCAAGCACAUGUAUUGCCAAAUUUAACAUAGAGGAGAAGUAUGUUAAAGACACCUUGCGGGAGAUGCUCUUGGCGCUCUACCUAGAGUGUGAUAAUGAUCCGAAUGCAAAACCACCGUUAGCGAACCUGCGGUCCUGGAUAUGGGACCAAGUUUCGGUUAUCCAUACUUCCUCAGGCCCAUCGAAUGUCGUUCGCAAUACUGUUAUUGGUGCUUCAAUCCGACUGUCGUUUUAUCACAGCGAAGAACUCGGAUCAAUUGUCACUAAGAAUGCCCGGCUUGUCAAUGAACGCGAAUUUGGUAGUGCUAUCAAAUAUUUAAUGGGCAGGAAAGUCGACGUAGCACUGCAGACAAAUGUCAGCUUUAAUUGGAGAUCAGAAAGCGCAGAGUUUGAGUUGAAGCUCGAAAGAGUCAAUGCAGCCACUUGCCACAUGUGA